AUGUGCAGCGACUUUGUCAACCAGACGCUGUCGCGCGACAACGCGCUGGCCCGUCUCAAGCGCGCCAUCGACUUCAACAGCGAGGAGGUCGUCCUCAAGUGCCUGCUCAUCACCGCCCGCAACUUCUCGCACGCGUCGCUGGGCAAGGCCGACUACACCUUCCUCCCGGUGGACAUCUUCAUGCUGCUCCUGCACCACCGCUACCUCGCCGUCAAGAGCGAGCAGCACCUGUUCAACACUGUCUGCACCUACGUCGAGGCCCACCGCGACGACCUGACCGAGGAGCAGAUCAACGAGCUCAUGGAGGCCGUCCGCUUCCGAUGGCUCUCCUACGAACAACUCGAAGAGGCGGCGCGGAACGCGUUGGUGCCGCGGCAUCUGCUGGUGGAGGCCCUGAUGGCGAUCCUGCGCGACCAGAAGUACCCCGACCUCAAGCCCCUCCACGAAGACAACCCGAGGCUGCAAGAGCGUGUGUCGUACGGAAUUGAGUUCGAGUACCAGAGUGGCGUUGAGAACAACGACAUCUUCUGGUGGAUCGGGACCAACUCUGGCACGGACAGCUGGCAGAACCCGGGGCUCUGCGGCCGAAUCAAGGACGUGCCGGCGUCGUGGGUGCAAUUGGACCUGGGGCCGAACCGGGCGGUGGUGCCCACCUUCUACACGGUGCGCCACGGCGGCACCUUCAAAGCCGACAGCCUGCGCACGUGGGACUUUCAGGGCUCAGUGGACGGCACCGGCUGGUCGCUGCUUCGCCGCCACGUCAACGACGAGUCUCUCAACGACCUGUUCGCCACGCAUACGUGGCCGAUCGAAGGGCAAACAAAAGCGUACCGCUUGUUCCGCAUCCUUCAAACGGGACACAAUUCGUCGAACCACAACUUUCUGGUGCUGUCGGGCCUGGAGCUCUACGGGGCGCUCUACGAGGGCAACAUCGAGGAAAUCAACCGCGACCUGCACGACGCCCACCUCGCCUACUCCUGA